CAUUAUAAGCCGUGGUCUGGAGUUUCCUCUACACAGAUGAAUUCUGGUAAUGCUUAUCAAAAUUCCAACGAUUUUGGAGGAUCUGAUGUGAAUGGAUGGACAGAGGUUCGAGGGAAUCGAGGUAGAAACCACAAUUCUGCUUCCAUCAAAACAUCUCGGAGCAACGUUCGGGAUCGACUCGGUCCAUCCAUCGAAAGUAGCAAUGAGGGAAGUAGUAGUGGUCGAGACUAUACUAACGGUCGUCGGAACUUGCAUCAACGAGGUGACUCUGGUGAUCAAGGUGGAGGCAGAUAUCGUUCAAAACGUGGUCGAGAGCAAGGUGCCUACAACUCCACCCAGAACGUCAGCAGACAGUUUGUAAGAUUCUCAAAAGCAGGAGGAAAUGAAUCCGUCACUGCAGAUACAGACGAUGCAAUGGAUGGCGGUAAUGGGCUUCGAACAAGACAUAAUCCAUACGGACGCCAACCGAAUAUCUCUUAUACUUCACCAUCUGGCCUUCCACUUCGGACUUCUGUUUCGAUUGAUGGCAUCUCGGCCAAUAUACCAGUUGAAGAGUUGGUUGCAUUUAUAACUAAAAAAGCAAAUCCACCUGUUACUGUUAAAACGGGUCAGCGAACUGAUGGAAAAAUCAUUCUUGAGUUUGAAAAUUCCAAGCAAGCAUCUACUGUGUAUCGUCUUCAUGGUAUACCCUUUGCAGGUGGAAAACUUUAUAUUCGGUAUUACUCGAAACCCAUGGCUCGAAAUACUACAUCAGAGAAUGGUGCACAUUCAUCCACAAAUCAGUCAAUCGAUUUGCUUCGUAGUCUUGUAACGUCGCGUUUCCAUGCCGAGUCACGUCGGCUUGAUUUUGAUCGCAUUAUAGAGGAUCCUGUGGUUAAGAAGGAGAAAAUAAAGGUAUUCGAUCAGCAUAAUCCUCAGUCCAAGUUUGGUCCUGUCCUGUGCAAGAUCAUUCAAGAAGUGUGCCCGAACCUAGAAACGCUUUCACUUUCAGGCAACAAACUUUGCACUUUGGACCACUUUUCCACGUUGUAUCAACGAGUUCCUUCGCUAGUAAACCUAUCUCUUCAAGAUAAUAUGAUAUCAUCGUACCGGGACUUGGAACCACUUCAUGCAAAAGAAUUUCCAAACUUGCGCGAAGUAGUUUUGAUUGGAAACCCUUUACGAGAACGAGAACUGAGUCGUCCAGGAGGAGAAAUCAACUAUACAAGCUACAUCAAAAAACUAUUUCCUACAAUCAAUAUUCUUGAUAUGCAGCCAGUACUGGAGGAGAUUCAGUUUGAUGUUGUCAAACCAUUGACAAAACUUCCAUUGGAUACAAAAUGUGGAUUUAUGGGAUCGGAUUCCACACGCUUAAUCUCGCAGCAAUUUCUUCAAAUGUUUUACUCUCUUUUUGAUACAAAUCGUGCUGGGUUGGCAGAUUUUUAUGGUGAUAAUGCAGUUCUUUCGUUAUCUGUAGAUACUGCGCGGCCUUUGCCAGGGAAUCGUGGUGCGUUUCAAAGUAGUGCACGCCAGUCAGACAAAGCAUUGGACUCGUGGGCAGCAUUUAAUCGUAACCUUUACAAAAUCAAACAACCAGAAAAACGGGUUACUUUGGCUUAUGUGGGACAAACAAAGAUCAUUCAUGCACUUGGACAAAUCCCCGGCACACUUCACCCACUUGGUGAUCCACCCGAGCGCAAAAAAUUUCUAGUAGAGGCAAUUAACGGUGUUGCACCUGCAACAUAUAUUCAUAUCACCGUACAUGGCGAAUUCAAAGAUCUAACAGCAUCAGCAUUGUUAAGCUUUGAUCGCACAUUUAUAAUUGUACCUGCUAUACCUGGAUCUCGAUCUGCAAUGGCAUCACUCCCAUUUACUAUUACAAACGAUUCUUGGGCUAUUCGACGUUAUUCAAGCAACUACGCUUGGUCUGAUACAGUCGAUACUACUAUUACUGCGUCUAGCUUGCAACCCACACAUAGUACACCUAUUUCAAAUCCAGCGCCUGUUUUGCCUGCAGUUUCACCAUGGCCACAACUUCCAGAUGAACAAACACUACUUCAGUAUAGGAUUCGGGACAAUCUCAAUGAGCAGCAGCAUACUCUUGUUGUAGAAUUUGCCAAGGCAACGGGGCUCAACUAUUCAUACAGCUUACUAUGCCUUCAACAAACUGGAUGGUCUGCAGAAGCCGCUGGCCAGGCUUUUUUAACAGCCAAAAAUAUGAUUCCUCCUGAAGCUUUUAAACUUUGAUUAAACUCCAUCACUUAAUAAUUUACCAAGUCGAUGAUUAAAUG